CGUUGUCGGUUCGGUUAGAUGUGGCAACAAGAGCUUUCCAUAGAAAAGCGGACACGCUAUACAUUUUUCUUGAGAAAAUACACCAGUGUCUAGUGAAUUAAAAAACCGAAACUAGUUUUUAACUAUAAUGUUCCAGUUUGGAUAAGACCAACUCCAUUCAUCUGUGCAUUAUCUAUUAUUAUGUUCUGUGUUAUUUUUGUUUAGUUAAAUAUUGUUGAGUGAGUCGUGUUGGUAAAAUGAGGUGGUUUGGGGGAAACCCUAGUUAUUUAAACUACUUGGCUAUUUUGGUCUUUUGCUGCUGGACUAUCUUAUUAGUACUUGCGGAUUCCAGGCUGGCACCUGGUCCAGGAGGAGAUCCUUCAGGUGUUAUUUGUCCCUUGGGCAUGUUUAGAUGUCCUGAAGGUAAAUGCAUUCCAGCCAUAUGGGUAUGCAACUACGAAAAAGACUGUGAAAAAGGCGAGGAUGAAUUUCAAUCAUGCUCUCCACCAGAUUGUGAACCUGGUCAACUUACUUGUAGGCAAUAUAUCUGGAAUAAAACAUAUUGUAUUCCACCCCAUUAUCGCUGUGAUAUGACUGUCGAUUGUAUAGACGGAUCGGAUGAAACAGAAUGUACGUAUAGAAAGUGCCAAGCUGAUGAUUUUCAUUGUGGAUCCAGAACAUCUGAUCCAUGUAUUCCGAAAGAAAAAAAAUGUGAUGGAUACUUGGACUGUCGAUCGGGGAAAGACGAAUUAGGAUGUCCAGGAGCUGCUUGCCGACUUGAUCAAUUUAGAUGCGCCAACGGACAGCGGUGUAUAGAACAGUCCCAGAAAUGUGACCACAAAAACGAUUGUGGAGAUAAUUCUGAUGAACAGGGUUGUAACUUUCCUCUCUGCCGUGGAGUCCAAUUUCGAUGUGCCAAUGCUCUGUGCAUUCCGGCAGCAUUUCAUUGUGAUGGUUACCAAGACUGCUCCGACGGUUCCGAUGAAGUAAAUUGUACCGCAAUUGCAUGCCCAGAUAACAAAUUUUUAUGCCCUAAUGGAGGUGCAAAUCGAGGUCCCAAGUGCAUCCUAAAAAAUAAGUUAUGCGAUGGUAAAAGAGACUGCGACGAUGGAGCUGACGAAAUAACUGCAUGUUCCAAGUUGUCAUGCCCUUCGUUAGGGUGUGAAUAUAAAUGUCAAGCCUCAUUAACCGGAGGUUCCUGCUAUUGUCCUGAUGGCAGAAAAUUGGCACCAGACAACAGAACUUGCAUCGACAGAAAUGAAUGCAUGGAAUGGGGAUUUUGUGACCAAAUUUGCACAAACACUGACGGAAGUUAUAAGUGUUCCUGUGCUCUAGGAUAUUCCUUAAAAGACAAAAACAGGUGCAGCGCAUUAAACGGCAGCUCUUUAAUGUUAUAUUUCGUUCACGAUAAAGCGAUAUUUCGAAUGAGCUCGGGAGGAGGGGAUGUUCAAGUCGUUACAAACACCACUGGUGCAAGCGGUUUAGAUUUCCAUUACAACAAAAAUAUGUUGUUCUGGUCAGACAUCAAAACAAAGAGAAUACACUCUCAACAACUCAAAAUGACCCCAGGCGGCCUUUCUGGGAUAAAUGACGUCGACAUAGCCCUACCAGGAAUGUGGCUACCAGUAGCGAUUGCUGUCGAUUGGGUAGGAAAUAAAUUGUACGUCGCUGACUCGGUGGGUCAAAAAGUUGAUGUUUUUGAAUUAUUUUCUGAUCGAUGGCACGCGGUAGUUUUGGGAUCAAACUUAACGAAUCCUGCCGAUAUUGCUUUAGAUCCAACCGUCGGCUACCUCUUCGUUGCUGAUAGCUCACAAGUUUUACGGGCAAACAUGGACGGCACAAAUGCGCACGCUAUAGUGUCGGAAGCAGCAUAUAAAGCUUCUGGAAUUGCUGUAGAUAUUAUUUCAAAACGUGUAUUCUGGUGCGAUUCAUUGCUGGAUUACAUUGAAACGGUAGAUUACAACGGGCAACGUAGAUUUUUAGUUAUUCGAGGACAGGCAGUACCAAGUCCCGCACGAUUAACAUUAUUUGAAAGCAGGGUCUAUUGGACCGAUGGAACAAAACAAGGUGUAAUGUCGGUAGAUAAGUUUGAUAGUUCAAGCAUUCAGUCGAUAUAUAGAAUGCGGGACAUUCGAGAUCCAAAAGCUGUUAAGGCUGUGCAUACCUUAACCCAGCCAUACGCUAAUAAUCCUUGUAGCAAUAACAAUGGAGGCUGCCAACAUAUGUGCAUUAUAACCAACACCGGUGCAAGUUUGGGGUUCCGCUGCGCUUGUAACAUCGGUUUUCGAUUAAAAAGAGACGAGCGAACUUGUGACGUAGUUACAGAGUUCUUGAUGUAUUCACAGCAAAGAUUCAUUAAAGGAAAAGUUUUAAACCCUGUAAUAGAAGGUUUCAGUGAUGCAAUGCUUCCAGUGGUAUCACGACGAGCCAGAUUUGUUGGUCUCGAUUUUGAUGCUAGAGACCAACACAUAUAUUAUUCAGAUGUGUUACAAGAUGUUAUAUACAGAGUACAUCGGAAUGGUACAUCGCGUGAAAUUGUCCUCGCAUCCCAAAAUGAAGGUGUCGAAGGUCUUGCGGUUGACUGGGCAUCUAAAAAUUUGUAUUACAUAGACAGCAGAAAAGGAACAUUAAAUGUUUUAUCUACAAGGAACGUGACUUACCGAAGAACUUUACUUAAGAAUUUAAAAAGACCAAGAGCAAUUGUUGUCCAUCCGAAUAAGGGAUACAUAUUCUUCUCAGAGUGGGAUCGUCCCGCUAAUAUAUCAAGGUCAUCGACUGACGGAAAUAACUUAACAGUUUUUAAAAAUUUAACGCUUGGCUGGCCAAAUGGUCUUUCUAUUGAUUUUCAACAAGAUCGGUUAUAUUGGUGUGAUGCCCUCCUAGACCACGUACAGCAUUCUAAUCUAGAUGGAACUGAUGUAAAAACUGUCAAUUCUAGAUUGAUCAGGCACCCUUUUAGUAUAGUUAUCCACAAGGACUUUAUGUACAUUACUGACUGGCGUUUAGACGCCAUUAUAAAACUUCACAAACUAACAGGUGACCUAGAAGAGACUCUCAUAAGAGAACCUCAAACAAAUCGACUAUAUGGAGUGAAGAUAUAUAGCGAAUUAGAACAAAGAAUAGACAGUAGUCAUCCGUGUUGGAAUAACAAUGGUGGCUGUUCUAAGCUUUGCUUUGCAAUACCAGAUGGCAACGCCGAAGGUUUAAUAGCAAAGUGUGGCUGUCCAUACGGUGAACGUCUUAUGUCUAACCAAAGAAGUUGCCAAUCAGAUCCUAGUCAUGAACCUCCAGUACAAGCAUGCCCAAACAGUUGGGACUUCACCUGUAAUAAUCAAAGAUGCAUUCCUAAAUCGUGGGUGUGCGAUGGAGAUGACGAUUGUCUAGAUAACAGUGACGAAGAACAAAAUUGCACUAAACCCACUUGCGGAGCUAACGAGUUCCAGUGCAAAUCAGGCCGCUGUAUUCCCAUGACAUUUAAAUGCGACGCAGAAAACGAUUGUGGUGAUUUCAGCGACGAAACAGGUUGCGUAAACGUAACUUGCGGUUCCACCCAAUUUCACUGCGAUAAUGGUCGUUGCAUUCCUAACAGUUGGAAAUGUGAUUCGGAAAAUGAUUGUGGGGAUGGCUCAGACGAAGGAGAUUCAUGUGCUGAAAAAACGUGCGCUUAUUACCAAUUUACGUGUCCUAGAACGGGACACUGUAUUCCUCAAAAUUGGGUGUGCGACGGCGACGAUGACUGUUUUGACAAGCAAGAUGAACAAGAUUGUCCCCCCAUUACAUGCCAACCGAAUCAGUUUAAGUGCUCAGAUUUACGCCAGUGUGUACAAGAAAGUUACAAAUGCGAUGGUAUUCCUGAUUGUAAUGAUGGAAGUGAUGAACUGGGUUGUCCAUCGAUUGCUCCAGAUCAGUGCAAUAGCGAAAAACAGUUCCAAUGUCAGUCAUCAAAUAUUUGCAUACCAAAAGCUUGGCACUGCGAUGGAACUCAUGAUUGCGUUGACGGCUCCGACGAACCGGAAUCUUGCGGUCAAAUUAAAUGUGCACCAAACUUCUACAUGUGCAACAACGGCCAUUGUGUUUUUAAAGCCUAUAUAUGUGAUGGUAAAGACGAUUGUGGCGAUGGAUCUGACGAAAGCCACAUACAUGCCUGUGGCAAACCACCUUUCAGAUGUCCUGAUGGACAGUGGAAUUGUCCAGGUAUUUCAGAACGCUGCGUGAACCUUACCAGUGUCUGCGAUAAAAAAGAAGAUUGUCCCAAUGGUGCUGACGAAGGACCAGACUGUGACUUUAAAGAAUGUCAGCAUCAAGGAGGUUUAUGUUCCAACGGAUGCAAACAGACUCCCAAGGGGCCUUUGUGUUUGUGUCCAAAAGGCGAGACUCUUAAAGAUGAUGGACUAACUUGUGAAGAUUUAAAUGAAUGUGAUCCUCCAGGAAUUUGUUCGCAAAGUUGUACAAAUAUUAAAGGAUCAUACAUAUGUAGUUGUGUUGCCGGUUACCUAUUAGAACCCAAUAAGCAUUCUUGUAAAGCCUACAAUCAUUCUGCGGCAUUUCUAAUUAUAUCAAAUAGACACUCUAUACUUGUAGCAGAUUUGAAAGACCAGGGCCUUGAGCGAGUACCAAUUAUUGUUGAAAAUGUUGUAGCAACUGCUUCAAACAUGCAUACUGGUACCAUUUUUUGGUCCGAUAUGAAACUCAAAAGAAUAUCUCGCUUAGACAGAGGUGGUGAACCGGUAGAUGUAAUAUCUACAGGAUUGGAUCUAGUAGAAGGGUUAGCUUAUGAUUGGAUAGGCGGAAAUAUUUACUGGUUAGAUUCAAAACUAAAUACAAUUGAAGUUGCAAAAGAAAAUGGCACGAACAGAAUUGUUCUCGUAAAAGAAAAUAUUACGCAACCAAGAGGAAUGUGUUUAGACCCCAGUCCAGGAACUCGUUGGUUAUUCUGGACAGACUGGGGAGAAAAUCCACGUAUUGAGAGAGUAGGAAUGGAUGGAUCAAACCGAUCGACUAUUAUAAAUACAAAAAUUUACUGGCCAAAUGGUCUUACCUUGGACACGGCUACUCAGAGAGUUUAUUUUGCCGAUUCUAAAUUAGAUUUUAUAGAUUUUUGUUAUUAUAAUGGAACUGGAAGGCAACAAGUACUUGCAGGCAGCCAUUAUCUUCUACAUCCUCAUUCUUUAACAUUGUUUGAAGAUACACUUUACUGGACAGAUCGACAAUUAAACAGAGUUUUGUCUGCGCACAAAUUUAAAGGAAACAAUCAGACCGUUGUGUCACAUCUAAUUUCCCAACCAUUAAGUAUUCACGUACAUCAUCCAUCACUGCAACCAUUUACGGAAAAUUCUUGCCAAAAUCAACCCUGCCAGCAUAUUUGUUUGCUUUCACCGUCAUCUAGUACAGGUUACACAUGUAAAUGUAAAGCAGGAUUUAAAUUAAUAUCGGAUGGAAGGUGUAUUGAAGAAGAACUGACUUUAUUGCUGGUCAUGAAAGGUUCCCAAAUUAUAGACGUUCCUACUGAACCUAAACAAAAUUCUGCUGGCUUUAUUUCACCUAUUGUAGGUAUUGACAAAGGAGUUCAAAUAGAUUAUGACAGAAGAAAUAGUAUGAUAUUUUGGGUAGAAGGCAAAGAAAAUGACGACGAAAACUUCACAGUUUGGACAACUCCAUACAGUGGAGGUAAUAAAACACAAUUCUUGGGUAUCGAUUCUGGCAUUGUAGGAUCAGCAUCUGCAAUUGCAUUUGACUGGCUGGGUCGAAAUCUGUUCAUUGGAAAUCGAUUAGCCAGUAAUUUUGAAGUAAUAAGAGUUGAUGGAAAAAUUAAACAUAGAACUGUAAUUUUGGCAAACGAUGGAAACAAAACUUCCGUAGCUAAGCCAAGAUCCAUGUGCGUCGAUCCCACUGAAGGUAAACUGUACUGGACUGACGAAGGAGGAGCGGGAGUUCCACAAAAAAUUGGAAAAGUAAAUAUGGACGGUUCAAAUUCAGUAAUACUUGUUGAAGACGUUGAGAGGCCUGAUGCCAUAACGAUAGACUUGGAUACGAAAACUUUGUAUUUCAGUACACAGUUUCCUCCCAGUGUUAUUUCUAUUGAUGUUUAUGGCGGAAACAAGAACCCUAUAUUGUCUGAAAAACACGACAUUGCGAGACCAAAAGCAUUGGGUGUAUUGUCAAGGCGACUUUUCUAUUUAGACCCUGUAUACGAAAAAUUAAUUAGGGUUGAUUUACCUAGUGGCAAUAAUCCGAAAACAAUAUUAGAGAAUGAACCAGAUUUGAAAACAUUUACCAUAUACAGGAAAAGACAAAUGGUUGAUCAUCCUUGUCUCCAAAAUAAUGGCGGUUGUGAACAAAUUUGUUUACCUGGUGAAGGCAGUUCACGCACUUGUGCUUGUGGUGUUGGAUAUAAAAAAGAACAUGAAGUUAAGUGUUCCCCUUACAAAACAUUUGCCGUGGUUGCUCAGUUAGAUAUGGCUCGGGGCUACAGUCUUAAAGAUAGUUCAGAAGCUAUGGUUCCAAUAAGCGGUUCAGGACACCAUAUUUUGCAUAUUGACGUGCAUUAUUUGGAGACCUGGAUAUACUGGGUGGAAUUUAAUAGAGGAACGUGGAACGGUAUCUUCAGAAUCAGACCGAAUGGUACGGAAUUACAGCAUGUAAUCAAAAGUGGAAUUGGUAGUAAUGGAAUUCGUGGACUCGCAAUAGACUGGGUGGCCCGUAAUUUGUAUUUCACUAAUGUAUUUCCUCACGAAAACUAUGUGGAAGUUUGUUGGUUAAAUGGAACUAAUAGAAAAGUUAUUUACAAAACCACCACAGAUGCACCGCGAGAAAUUGCUGUAAAUCCAUUAAAACGAAUUUUAUAUUGGAUUGAUUAUGGGCAGUAUCCUAGAAUAGGAAAAGCCAAUUUGGAUGGGUCGGGCUGGACUGUAUUAAUAACAUCUGGAAUUAGUAAUCCUAAAGACUUAACUAUUGACAUGAAUACGCAUGAAUUAUACUGGAUUGAUUCUAAACUGGACAUGAUCCAGAGAAUAUCAUAUAAUGGUGGCAAUAGGCAAGUAAUUCGGAGAAACUUACCUAAUCCAAUGGGAAUUGCUGUUCAUAAAAGUGACGUUUAUUGGGUCGACCGCAAUUUACAAGCUGUCUUCAAAGCUUCAAAAAUACCAGGGAAUACAUCACUACCAGUACGUGUGAGAACCAACUUGCAAAAGCUAAGAGAUAUUGCAAUUUUUGAUUUAACUAAUCAACCAUCUGAUGAAACCAAUCCAUGUAAAUUUAGAAAUGGUGGUUGUGAACAACUCUGCUUCUCGUUCCCUCAAGACUCAACGAGUACAUCACGGACAAAUAUGAAGUGUAAUUGUGCAACUGGAAAACUUGCACCUGAUGGAAGAAAAUGCGACUUUGCUAACGAAUAUUUAGUUUUUUCCACUAGAACGGAAAUAAGAGCAAUCUACUUAGAUCCAAGAUCUACAAACGUGCCGUUUAGUCCAGUGGGUAACUUAACAAACGUAGUAGGAAUAGAUUUCGAUUAUAAUGAUCAAAAAUUACUAUUUACUCAAAUACGACCAUGGGCUCGUAUAGGAUGGAUGCCUGCCACAAUUCCAAAAAAUCCAGAUAUUAAGAACAUUAUUAGUCGUGGCAUUAAUCCUGAAGGUAUUGCUUAUGAUUGGACACAAAAGAAAGUAUACUGGACAGAUUCUUCUAACCACAGUAUUUACGCAAUGAAUCUAGAUGGAACAGAUUUAGUUAUGAUAGCAAGAGUAGAAAGACCCAGAGCUAUAGUAAUAGAUCCUUGUAACGGAACACUUUUUUAUACUGACUGGGGUAAAUUCGGAACAAAUGGAAAAAUUAUUCGAACUACAAUGGCAGGAUCACUGAAAAAAAUCAUAAUCGACAAAAACUUAGCACAACCUUCUGGUUUAGCGAUAGACUACGACGAAAGAAUGUUAUACUGGACGGAUGCCGUGCGUGAGAAAAUCGAAAGAUCAGAUUUAAAUGGCCGUAAUCGUGAAGUUCUGAUUUCUGCCACUAUAUAUCCUUUCUCAAUAACUGUGUUCGGAAACUACAUUUACUGGACAGACUUACAAUUAAGAGGGGUUUAUCGCGCCGAAAAACAUACCGGCAACAAUAUGGUAGAAAUGGUUAAACGGUUAGAAGAUAGUCCGCGAGAUAUUCAAGUGUAUUCAGUCUCGCGACAAGCCUGCAGUGUCAACCCUUGUCACAUCAACAAUGGCGGAUGCGCCAAGAGUUGUCACCCUGGACCUAACGGAACGGCAGAAUGUCGGUGUGAUGAUACCACUAAAUUAGUAAAUGAAGGACGGAUGUGUGUUGCCAAAAAUUUGACUUGCGACUCUAGUAAAUUCUAUUGCGCAAAUGGCCGAUGCAUUUCAAGAAUGUGGGCAUGUGAUGGCGAAGAUGACUGUGGUGAUAGCAGCGAUGAAGACACCAAUUACUGUUCAUUCCAUUCAUGUUCACCUAACGAAUUCCGUUGUGCCAAUGGCCGCUGUAUUUUUAAAUCCUGGAAAUGUGACCACGAAAAUGACUGCAAAGAUGGAUCUGACGAAAAAGAUUGCCAAUAUCCACCAUGUGCCGCGGGCGAAUUCACGUGUGCCAAUCAUAGAUGCAUCCCUAUGGCUCAGGUAUGUAACGGUGUCAACGACUGUAAAGAUAAUGUCACGUCAGACGAAACCCAUGAACGCUGUCCGCAAAACACCACCUGUCCAGCUAAUCAUCUGAAAUGUGAAAAAACAAACAUCUGUGUCGAACCAUAUUGGUUGUGUGAUGGUGACAACGACUGCGGAGAUAAUUCGGAUGAAAAUCCAUUACACUGUGCCCAAAGGACUUGUCCUCAGAAUAGUUUUAGAUGUCCCAACCACCGUUGCAUUCCCGCAACUUGGUAUUGUGAUGGUGACGAUGAUUGUGGAGAUGCAGCCGAUGAACCACCAGAAUACUGCAAGAGUGAAGGACGUACAUGUUUCGGGGAUCUCUUCACCUGUGACAACGGCAAUUGUGUUCCCAGAAUUUACAUUUGUGAUGGAGACAAUGAUUGUUUAGACAACAGUGAUGAAGACAGCAGGCACGAAUGCAACGAUAGAAAAUGUGAUGAACAAAAUGAGUUCACUUGUGAGGCAAAUAAAGCCUGGGGUCGGGCACAAUGCAUUCCACGAAAGUGGUUGUGUGAUGGUGAUCCUGACUGUGUAGAUGGUGCUGAUGAAAAUUCUACGCUGCACCACUGCACAACGCCUCAACCAUGUAGUGAAGAUCAAUUCACUUGUGCGAAUGGAAGAUGUAUCAAUAAAGGUUGGUUGUGUGACCACGAUAACGACUGCGGUGAUGGAACCGAUGAAGGAAAAGAAUGUAAUUCUAAGUACAAAACAUGUUCCCCAAAAGAGUUUGCAUGUCAAAAUUUCAAAUGUAUACGCAGUCAGUAUCGAUGUGAUGGCGAAGAUGAUUGUGGCGACCAUUCUGAUGAAGUUGACUGCAAAAAAGAAAACAACACUUGUGCCAACCCCUCUCAGUUUAGAUGCAAUAAUGGCGAUUGUAUCGACUAUCAUUUAGUUUGUAACAAAGUAUCUGACUGUGCCGAUGACUCUGAUGAACCCUUACAUUGUAAUGUUGACGAAUGUGCCAAAGUUGAAAUACAUCAGUGCGGACAUAAGUGUGUUGAUACCUUGACCGGAUACUACUGCGAAUGUAAUGCUGGAUAUAAAUUGCUUCAAGACGGUAAAGCUUGCACCGAUGUGGAUGAAUGUGUGGAAACGCCAGGAGUUUGUUCACAAUAUUGUUCUAAUACACCUGGAAGUUUUUAUUGUAAAUGCAAUGAACAAUAUUACGAACGAGAACCAGAUGAACACACUUGUAAACGUAAAGACCACGUUGAGCCUUGGAUCAUUUUUACAAACAAAUAUUACAUACGGAACAUGUCUGUUGAUGCUUCCGUCUAUAAUUUGGUGCAUCAAGAUUUGAUGAACGUUGUUGCACUAGACUAUGAUAUGGGAGAACAAAAAAUGUAUUUCUGUGAUGUCACAGCUAAAACCAUAUAUAGGUCGCCGAUAGGAGGUUCCGAAAAAGAGCCAGUAAUAAGACAUGAUUCGCAUGGUUUAGAAGGCAUCUCUGUUGAUUGGAUAGGACGGAAACUUUAUUGGUUGGAUAGGCAUUCGAAAAAUCUAGAUGUUGCAGAACUUGACGGAACUAAUCGUAAAACACUCAAAACAAGCAUUAACGAUCCUAGGGCGUUGGUCGUUCAUCCUGGAAUAGGUUAUUUAUAUUUUUCGUCUUGGCAUUUACAAGCCUAUAUUGGAAAACUGGGUAUGGAUGGCUAUAACUUCUCUACCAUCCUAACCUGGGAAGAUGACAUUGCUUGGCCUAACGCGUUGACAAUAGAUUUCUUCACAGAUCGAUUAUACUGGGCAGACGCACAUUUAGAUUACAUUGCCAUGUCUGAUUUGGAUGGCAAAAAUAGACACGUCGUAAUUUCUGGAAGUAGCGUACCACACGUCUUUGCUCUUUCACUUUUUGACGAUUACAUUUACUGGACUGACUGGAAUUUGAAAGCAAUCAGUAGGGCGAAUAAGUUCGAUGGCAAAAAUUUGCAAAUAUUACGAAAUACAACUCACAAACCAUAUGAUAUCCACAUAUUACAUCCUCUAAGACAACUAGCUUAUCCCAAUCCGUGUGCCAAUAAUAAUGGUGGUUGUUCCCAUUUGUGCUUAAUUGCUCCUCCAGUUAUUUCAAGUUAUUUAAAUAUUGAAUAUGGCGAAGAAGGAACAACUACUUACAAAUGUGCCUGUCCAAAUCAAUUCUCUUUGGGAAAAGAUGGAAAAACGUGUAUUGCUAACUGCACAACUGGCCAGUGGCAAUGUAAAGGCCAUGACGAAAAAUGCAUACCUUGGUUCUGGCAAUGUGAUGGAGAACGUGAUUGCAAGGACGGAUCAGACGAACCUCCAAGUUGUCCCGCAAGGCAAUGUAGAGCUGGUACAUUCCAGUGUAAGAAUGGCAACUGCACGCCAUCCGCAACAAUUUGUGAUGGAACUGAUGAUUGUGGUGACGGUUCUGAUGAACAACAGUGCGAUAUGCCAUGCCCAGAAUUAGAAUUUAAAUGUCGAUCUAAUGGUCGCUGUAUUUUGGAUAGUUGGAAAUGUGAUGGAGAUCCUGACUGUAAAGACGGUUCUGAUGAAGAUCCAAGUAUAUGUAAUAAACGAGAAUGCGAUCCUGCAACACAGUUUACUUGUAAAAAUGGCCGUUGUAUUCCUAAACUCUGGAUGUGUGACUUUGACAAUGAUUGCGGCGAUGACUCUGACGAACCUGCUUACAUGUGUCGACAAAAGAACUGUACUACAGGAUGGCAAAGAUGUCCAGGACGGAACAAUUACAGGUGUAUCCCGAAAUGGCUCUUCUGCGACGGAAAAGAUGACUGUCGAGAUAAAUCUGAUGAACUACCUGAAAACUGUCCACAGUGCAACUCUGAAACUGAUUUCAAGUGUAAUAAUAAUCGUUGCGUCCCUAAUCAGUGGAAAUGCGACUUUUCCGAUGACUGCGGCGACGGUACGGACGAAUCGGAAGAACUCUGUAAAGGAACCUAUCGAGAAUGUUCAGAAUCAGAAUUCAAAUGUAAUAAUGGAAAAUGUAUAUCAUCACGAUGGCGAUGUGAUCACGAAGAUGACUGUGGUGAUAAUUCCGAUGAAACUAGUUGUAAGGAAUUUCAGUGCAAAAAUGGAACAUUCCAGUGUGCUUCUGGUCAUUGUAUCGCUUCAUAUUUCCGUUGCGAUGGAGAUCGCGACUGUCGGGACAUGUCCGACGAGAAAAACUGUCCACCCAGAUAUCCGGGUGGAAGAUACUGUCCGGAAUCUAGAUUCCAAUGUGACAAUCAUCUAUGUAUAAACCAAGCUGACCUGUGCGACGGUGCAGACGACUGUGGAGAUGGAUCAGACGAAGCACCAUCUCUAUGUACUAACUUCAACUGCGAUACUCUCAAAAGAUUCCAGUGUGCCAAUCACAAGUGUAUUCCUCGCUAUCAACUUUGCGACACAAUUGACAAUUGUGGAGAUGGAUCUGAUGAAAAUAACAUGACUUUAUGUGCCACUAAGAUUAAACCGUGCAACGCAUUAACAGAAUAUAAGUGUGCGAACAAGAAAUGCAUUGACAAAGCGCAGGUGUGCGACUUUGCAGAUGACUGCGGAGACAGUUCAGACGAGUUGGGAUGUCAUCAUAAUAACGUUUGCACAGAAGCAAAUAAAGGAGGUUGUGAACACCAUUGUAUGAACUUAACAGAUGGUGGUUAUAUAUGUGCUUGUUAUUCUGGCUUUAUCAUAUCGAAAGAAAACAGAAAAGUGUGUUUGGAUGUUGAUGAAUGCUCAGCUGACCUUCAUCAUUGUUCGCAGAUAUGCACAAAUUUGAAUGGCAGUUACAGCUGUUCAUGUCACGAAAACUUUAGACUUUCUGACGGCCUUUCCGGUGUAUGUAAAGCAAUAAAAAAAGAAUUGGCAGUUUUAUUUGCAAACGGACCGGAAAUUCGAUCUUACAGUUUAAAAGAUAACGAAGAAACUGAUAUCAUAAGUGAAGAGAAAAGAAUCGAAGCCAUUGAUUAUAACCCUAAUACACAAAUGAUAUUUUGGGCUGAUAGUUACGAUAAAACUAUAAAACGUUCGUACAUGAUCAACGCAGUAAACGGGCAAGUUAAGGCAGGAUAUGCUCAAGAUCUUAACAUGAAGGGAAAUGCAAAACCUACUGCUCUGGCUAUCGAUUGGGUAGGCGACAACCUUUACUGGACCGAAACAGACCGCGCUGGCUCCAAACCAAAAGGUAAAGUAAUGGUGGCUAAAACAGAUGGAAGAUAUCGUAGAGCACUUGUAAAUGUCGGACUUGAAAGUCCGACAUCGAUUGUUGUGGAUCCUCAGUUAGGCCGAAUGUUCUGGAGCGACGCUGGUUCAGCGCCUAAAAUCGAAAUAGCCUGGAUGGAUGGUUCUAAAAGGAAACCUCUUAUCAUUGAUGGUAUAAGGCAGCCCACUGGUUUAGCCAUCGACUAUGCCAUGGAUCAUGCACUCUAUUGGGUUGACACAAAACUUAAUAAUAUCGAGUCAAUUAAAUAUGAUGGCUCAAACAGAAAAACGAUUUUACGAGGAGAAUUACUUAAACAUCCUAUCUCGCUUGACGUGUUUGAGUCAGAUUUGUUCUGGAUAACGAGAGAUACAGGAGAAUUAAUAAAACAAGAUAAAUUUGGACGAGGGGUUCCCGUCGUUGUUCAGAAGGACUUACUCAAUCCUUCAGGUGUCAAAGUUUACCAUGAAUUACGGUAUAACACAUCCAUCAACACUCCAUGCCGCAAUAACGAUUGUUCACAUUUGUGCCUGUUGGUUCCUGGUGGGCACAGAUGUUCAUGCCCCGAUUCCUCGGUUCCAUCCCACAGAGCAAAAGCUGAAAUAAAGUGUGAUGCUGCACAAGAAGGACCCAGACCUGAUCCAAAAAUAUGCAUGUGCCAAAAUGGUGGCGUCUGUAGAGAAACCGACAGUAAUGAUCUUUUGUGUGAAUGUCUACCAGACUUCCAAGGACAGUACUGUAACAUUCAAGUUGCUCACAGUAAAGCGGAAGUUACAUCUAGUACUGUAGCUAUUGUGGUACCAAUUGUCCUAUUAAUUCUUUUGGGCACUGCUGUUGGUGUUUGGUUUGUUCUACGAAAACGGCCCUUUGGAAAAGGUACCGGACUGGGCAGCUUAGCGAGCAGUCAAAGUGUGUCGUUUAGACAAGGAACAAAUGUUGAAUUUGGUUCUAAUACAUUUAGCGCAAAUGGUAGUGGAGGUAAUCCAGAACCGCUUGAUGUGGCCUACAGUUUAGAUCCCAUCAGCAACAAAAACAGAGAUUUCCACAAUCCGAUGUAUGAUGCCGUCCAAAAUAGUGGAGACUCUCUGGGAAAUGGUAGUUCUGCUCUAUACGAAGUCCCAGUGGACAUCAAGGCGAAAAGUGACACAUUCACAGAGCCUCCAAGUGCCGUUAUAGCACCUUCAAGUGUAACGCACCGAUCAUCACCUCAAGUGCAAAUGAGGCAUCGUGAGUUAGAUCCUGCUGCUGCAGAUACAGGAAAGGACACACAAAAAUUAGUAGAAGAAGACUGCUGAUAUAGGAAUAAUUGUUCGAUUCCUUGGUUAGUGUUAGCAUUAAUUAAAAGGUAGUGAAAAUUUUUAAACUAACAUAAAAAACCUGUUUUGGUGGAACUCGUUAAGCGACGGUUACACUUAUUUUUACACUGUUCGUACCGAAGAAAACAGAUGUGAAUAUAGCAUACUCUGUUCCGUUUUAUCUACAAAAAUGUUUAUCUAAAACUAUUUUUAUACUGAGGUGUUGGUCAGUAAUUACGAUUUAUAUCACAACUGCGUUGGCUUGAAUAAGUGAUAAUGUAUGUUUAAAAAACGUGAUAAUUUUAUGUAAAUCAACAACAAAAGUGCCAUUGACACCUUAAAAAAACAACAUCGAGUGUUACGCCAACUCGUUAAUUCUUCUGGUAAUAUUUUAUGCAGAGUUAUGCGCUUAAUCAAACACGAAUCUUCCAUUUUAUAAUAUAAUUAAGUCUUUGUAAAUAAAACCAAUAAACUUAUGAGUUGCUUGAAUAAAUUGUAAUAAAAGAAACGAAUACGUGAUCUUUAAAUAUGUAAUAACAUGAUAGACUGCUUGAAUCACAAUCCAGUAUUUGCUACCAAUUUUAUACAAUUGAAAUUAGGAAGUUAUUUCCACAGUUUUAUCAGUUUUAACUUGAGACCGUCCAACCUUGGGUAAUAUUUAUAAUAAAACUAGCAUAAAACACUUUGUUUAAAAUUCAUUUAAAUUUUAUUGAAUUGUUAUUUAAUUCAUAUAAUUUUAUAUAUAAAUUUUAAUGUUAAGUUUUAUCAGAAUUAGCGUUGUUGUGAACAUUAUUAAAUUAUUGUUAUCGAGAUGUUAGGCAUCUAGCCUUAUCUUGAAUCUAAUAAGUCAAUUUCGUCAAAAACAGUUAUCGUACUUACACUAAAUUUAAUAAUAUUCACAAUAAGUACUGAAGUUCCAAUUUUCCUGUCUGUACAUAUUCAUUAUAAAUAGUUCUGGGAGAAAAGAUGUAUGUUUUACAGUAAUAAAAGGUUUGUUUAUA